AUGAGUGUCAACUGGCAGUGGUUAAAGCCGAGCUCUGAAGCUGAGCACUCGCCGCGCCGGUCAAACCCACAUAAAUAUGUAUUGACGUAUGUAUGAGUAUCUUUGUGUGUUUCAACGAUUUUACUACUUUAAGUUAACUGCGCAGUUGAAGACCAACGAAUUUUCAUAAGCAUGAAGGUGUAGCUCUUAGCUUUGUAAUAAUUGUUGUCAGCUUGUAUCUCGGUGUGCAGCGAAGACAUUCAAAUUAUUUUUGAAAAUUCGAUUUCAGUUGAACUUUUACACGAGUGGCGAACGGACGCGCCUAAUUUUGGAACUGCCAACGGUGUUGACAAAUCAGCGAGUGUUAAUUAAUUUAUUAUUUAUUUGAAAUUAGUGAUAUUAUUAUUUAUUCAAAAAAGUGUAUCUAAUAUCGUUUAUCAAUGCAAAAUUACAGUGUUUCAAGUGAGCUGCAUUUGUAAAUAAUUUAAAUAAAUGCGUUUUUUUCGAAUGAACAAACAAUAAACAUCAAAAUGAAAACGAAAGUUGAACGCGUCAAUCGCGUACAAAAAGAGCGUGACAAUGAAUUCUUAUGGCCCGCCAACACGGCUAGUCAUGUCAAUGAUGAUUGCGCUUUUGUGACGAACAUUAAACGUUGUCGUUUACAAUCAUUCGCUAAAUGGUUGGCUGUGGCAAUCGUUGUGAACUUGGCCAAUUUGGCAUUAUGUAAUGCAACCACAAAUGAUGUGAAAAUAUCACCUUCGAUUAAGUAUUCGAAUGAUUCAUUGAGCGGUUUGGCGAGCACCGGAAUGUCAUUGGAGAAUGCUUCACCAUUGGUGUGGUCGGAAUUCCUCGAAGAUUAUGUAUUGAGUCAAUCCAGUCCAAGUGCGCGCACAUCAAAAGAUCUGCCAUUCAUUCCUAGCCAAAAUGAUAUGUCUAUGAUGAACCCAAAUAUGCAAAACGGUGGACCCGGUCCUCUUUCUUAUCACUCUUCUGCUUAUAAACGACCAAAUGUCUACAUUACGAAACGCAUCGGCGAAGCAGUCGAGUUGGAACCACACAUGCGACCACCAGUUCAUGUAGUGAAUCCGCAAUUCCGUCCAAUGACAAACCAAAUGAUACAACAACAACAGCUACAGGAACAACAACAGCGUCAACAGCCAGGAUUUUUCCAGCAACUAUUCGGUUUGGGUGGAGGCGGCAGUAGUCAGCCACAAUCACCGCCAACACAACCACCACCGCCAGUUCGGCCGGUCCCCGUGCAACAGCACCAUAUACAAUCGGUUCAACAUAAUGGACCCCAACCACCAUUUCGAGCAGUAACAGAAAACGAUCUAUACCUAUUGGGCGCGAUAGAGAAGCUCGUUUAUCGCGUGGAUUACCUGGAGAGUCGCAUACGACGCGCCGAACAAUUAAUCUACUACUUAAUGGCUGGAAACAAUCAGAAAGAAGUGCGUGAUCCUUGUCCCGCAAAUUUCACACGUAUCAGUGACAAUUGCUAUUACAUCAAUAGCAACCAGCAGGUGAACUGGAAGACUGCCAACUCAGCAUGUAAGGCGCUGAAUUCUCAUCUUGCGGAGUUUGAAAAGGUUUCAGAAAACGAAGAGAUCAUGGCUUAUCUACUCAAUCAGCCCCAACAUCGUGGACGUGACUAUUGGUUGGGCGGCUUAAAUCCUGGCUUGCUUUGGAUUUGGUCGAAUUCGGCGAAACCAGUCAAUCCAAACAUGAAUCUCACAUCCAUUGCCAUGUCACAUGCAAAUAAUACCGAGAGCAAUACCAUCGAUGUGGAUGACGACGAUAAAAAUGAGAAGAAGAAGGAAGAAGACGAUCCUGCUCUCAAUGAAACUAUCCUAAACAAUACGGUGGAAAUUGAGGGUCAAGGUCGUUGCUUGCGUCUCACCUAUAAUCCCACAAAACACAUUUAUAAUUACUAUGGACAGGAGUGUACUUCGAGGCAUUACUAUAUAUGUGAAGCGGAAGAUAAGACACUGGAUAACAAAAUUAAGAAGAUCAGCAGAGAACUAAAGUUGUUCGAUUGAACACGCAAAUCAACUGUUGUCGUUGAAGGCUGAAAGUUAUUCUUGUGAUUUGGAGCCAUUGCCGCUUUAAGAUCGGAAUGCGAUCGUCUGUUAAAUUUGUUAAUUUGCAUACUGAUAUUGAAAUUUAACAGUUGACAGUGAAUCCAAUUUUGGAGCAGCACAUCUUUGUUUUUUUAGUUUUAACUUAUUUUAAAAUUUCAUAAACCAUAUUAAUUUAUACUAAUUUAUAUAGAAUCGUUGUAAAAAUAUAUGAAAAACGG